GGUUCGCCGCGUAGCCUCGCUGACUAUCCUCCGUUUGUUGUACGAAAACCUUCUUUCAAGACGAGAAACCGUCUUGCAGAAUUUGUAUCGGUUACUCUCCACCAACCACCACUGGGGCAUGUUCUACCAACCAAAUUUCCUGGGCGUCCCGAAGUCCUGUGCCAUCGAUUGUUCACACAACCACUCCACGAUACUCUGCGACUCACCCGAAUGCAGGUGUCUGCAGACAACCAGCUGAUGUCAGCGGCAGAGUUAGAUAGCACAACGGAAAACUGGAAAAUGGGAGACUCGACAUACUUGCCGUUCAUUACAGCAGACAAGAGCACGAAGACCCGGUCAGGUUACCAUGUCCCACUCGGAGGGAAUAUUACUGGAUUUAAUGCAUUGGUUCACUCUGCUGAUCCCAGUCGGCUGGUUGAUCCCAGUCGGCUGGUUGGUCUCCGGAUGACGCUUGCCUCUCAGUUAACAAUGGAAGAAUCCGAUCUUGAACGACUACUGGCGCAUCAACGUCCAGACGAACAAGACCCUUGGAUGAUCUUUGUAAUUCCUCAGGGUCGCACAUUGUCGGUUUCGUACGCAGAUAAACCGCCUUUCGACAAGUUCAAGUACUUCAUCCUUCCGCUCAAGGUUGGUGAAAUCGAGUGGAUGGGGGAUGAUAACUGGUCAACAAGUGAAUGA